CCUCACGAUAAUGAGCUGAAAGCUGGGGUCCGCUAUGCUAUGUGUACUAGUCAGAUGGCGCAGGCAGCCUUGCAGUGCGCCACCUGGGCUUGAGAGAACGAGCACGAGUCUGCCACCGAGACUGCCUGUCGAAGCCAUGGCAGUGGAGAUUGGCGCCGAGCCUGACAGUCGCUGUCUUGGAAUCCACGCUAUUGGCUAGAAAAGUGCUUGGAUCCGAAGGAGGCACAGCUGAAUACAGCGCCUAGCCUGGUCUGUUCCAGGUGAUAUCCAGCGGCCGAGCCACAGUUGUAGACGACGCCAUCGCGAGAGCCAGGGCUCAAAAGCGGAGAGCAUCAGCCGGCAGAAAACAGAUGAGGGGUGGCUUUUAUUAUUAAACGACCUUGUAUCCCCUACCGAGUCACGCUCAGCAAGUCGCUAUUUUUGUGAACACUCUUCCUGUUGGGCUCUCACAGCAAUAUCAAAAUGCGUGUACCAAUCCUACAAAGCAGGCCAGUUCAACAUGGGGCCUCUGAUGCUUCAGGGGAGCCCAGGACUGGGGAUAUACAGAUGUCGCUAAAUCCAGUCAGGGCCGCAGAUGGGUCGCCUGCACUCCUAGCAACAGUGGUGCCGCCCAAGGCACCUACCAACCAGAGCCACCAUGUCCCAUGUGAUAUUGUUCUUGUUAUCGAUGUGUCUGGCAGCAUGGGUUGUUCUGCACCGGUUCCAGGGGACAACGAGGCAUCUGGGUUGUCCGUCUUGGAUGUUGUAAAGCACGCUUCGCUGACAAUCAUCGAAACCCUCGAUGAACGAGAUCGUCUCGGAAUUGUUACUUUCGCUAGCAGUAUUGAGGUUCUGCAAGAACUGGAAGUUAUGACUGACGAAAAGAAAGAGGCGGCCCGCGCAAAUAUCAAAUCCAUGGUUCCCAAAGACGCUACUAACCUGUGGCAUGGCAUCCUCGCGGGUAUCAAUCUAUUUACAAAUUCCCCGUCCAACGGUAAGGUCCCAGCAAUCAUGGUGUUGACUGAUGGAAUGCCAAAUCAUAUGUGUCCACCACAAGGUUAUGUGCCCAAGCUUCGCACCAGGCUGCCUCUACCAGCUUCGAUCCAUACCUUUGGAUUUGGAUACCACCUCCGAUCUGGACUGCUAAAGUCUAUAGCAGAGAUUGGAAACGGAAACUAUGCUUUCAUUCCUGAUGCGGGUAUGAUUGGAACUGUUUUCGUGCACGCCGUGGCCAAUCUGCAGUCAACCUAUGCAACUGAAGCCACACUCACACUUCGAUACGCUGCACCUCUUGAAAUUACAGAGUCAACUGGAGAUUCGGUUAUCAGACAAAAACCCACAGAGGUGUCUCGAGACGGCAUACCGGCUCACGAGUUGUCUAUUGCACUGGGAAACCUGCAAUACGGCCAGUCGCGAGAUAUCUUUCUUCAACUACAAAACUCGACGCUUGCUGCCGACGUAUUUUCAUCUGGAAUCACAACUGCCUCUGUUGUAGAGGCACGACUUGUAUUCAAGCCUGUGGAAUAUAGAACCUCGGACCAAUUUGACAGCGUCGCAUGCUCGCAGAGUAUUAUGGAGGUGUCUCCGGUAGAUGAUGCCGUUGUGGCCUACCACGAGUCACGAUCCAGAAUUUGUGCAUAUUUAUCGUCUCUAUUUCCCUGCGAUGAUAAGGAAGAGCACACUGCCAUUAGCAUCGACUUGCUAGGAAAGUCAUCGCGCGCGUUGAAAGAGCUUGUCGAUACGCUUCCCGCUAGAUCGUGGCAAGACCCUUUGAAUGCGUCUUUGAUGGAAGAUCUGAUCGGCCAAGACCCGAAAGGUCAGAUUUCGAUGGCUAUCGAUGACAAUUCGCACUUUAGCCGCUGGGGUCAGCACUUCCUGCCGUCACUUUUGAAUGCACAUACUCGACAAGUUUGCAACUCCUUCAAAGACCCGGGGCCAUUGCAAUAUUGCACUGGAUCACCGCUCUUUAUAGAAUGUCGUGAUCGCCUGGAUACCGCAUUCGAUAAUCUACCACCGCCACAGCCAUCUCUAGUCCCGGUUAAUUCAUUCAACAGCGGCGGUAACUUUCAGCCUAUGAGGUCCAUGAAGCAGUUCCGUAAUGUCGCUGGCCCGUGCUUUGCAGCGUCUUCUCCCGUCGAACUUGCAUCAGGCAGAGUUGUUGAAAUCAAACGCUUGCGCCGUGGUAUGAAGGUCAGAACGCCAGCAGGCAUGAGGAAGGUAGCUGCAGUGCUCAAGACACCAGUCUGCGAAGCAAAGCUUUGCAGAAUGGGCAACGUUCUUGUUACUCCAUGGCAUCCAAUGACACGAGACGGAAAGAAUUGGCAAUUCCCAGAACAGAUGACCAAGAAGACGGUGCGAUACACUGGCGCCAUUUAUUCGAUUAUGCUACAGAUGGAUGGCAAUCCAGAGGCACAUGCACUGCGCUUUGGUUCCAUGUGGGGAGUGACUCUCGGGCACGGCAUCACCACCGGUAGCGAUGCGCGAGCGCAUGCAUUUCUAGGAGACUACGCAUUGGUUGGGAAGGGUCUGGCCAAUAUUGGAAUGGACAGGAGAGGGGUCGUUAUUGGUAGUGGAGUCGUAAAGGACCCUUACACAGGUUUAAUAUGCGGGUUUGUUGGUCGAGAUGCGCUCGGCAUAUCAUCAUCACCCUGCACAAUAUCUUCGGAGCUAAAGCUUCGAAGACUUAUUCGAGCGUAGUCUUGCUUAAUAUUUAGUCUUAAUAGAAUGUGGUAUUAGCCUU